UUUUGUAUUAUUCCCCGGUGCAAUGUUUAUGCAGCAAAGUUUUCCUCUAUUUUUUCAAAUGCUUUGGACUGUUAUAACUUCAUCAGUUUUGGCCAUGAUUAAAUCUAUUUUGCCUACUAAAUUUUUACCAAAAAAGUCAAUUAAAGGACAGACUAUUUUAAUUACUGGAUCGGGAAGUGGAAUGGGGAGAUUAAUGGCUAUUGAGUUUGGGAAACUUGGUGGACGUAUUGUGCUUUGGGACAUUGACGAAAAGAUGAAUUUGGAAACAAAGGGGAUUCUUGACGAUUUGGGCAUUCAAUCGGCAGCAUAUCAGAUUGAUUUGUCUGACAGAAAACAAAUUUAUGUUUUAGCUGAACAAGUCAAAAAAGAAGUUGGGGAUAUAGACAUUUUAAUUAAUAAUGCUGGUAUUGUUAGUGGAAAGAAGAUUUUUGAUUGUCAAGAUGAAUUAAUGGAAAAAACUAUGGCUGUUAAUUGCAAUGCUCUUUUCUUUAAUUUUUUAGGACAUAUUGUGAAUGUUGCUUCUUUGGCUGGAUUGGCAGGAAUUAAUGGUUUAGUUGACUAUUGUGCUAGCAAGCAUGGAGCUGUUGGACUUAGUGAAGCACUUCGUUCAGAAUUAUUAAGUCAAGGAUUGCCUAUAACUGUGACUACUGUUUGCCCUUAUUAUGUAAACACUGGAAUGUUUGACGGCGUUAAAACUUUCACCCCCUACUUCUUUCCAAUUCUCGACCCAAAUUAUGUUGUCAAAAAAAUAAUUGGUGCAGUAUUGACAGAUGCAGAUGAGCUUUACUUACCUAGAGCAACUUAUUUUUUGAUUGCAUUAAAAGGAAUAUUUCCAACAAAAGCGGCAACUGCUUUCAUGGAAUAUUUUGGAUUUAAUCGAACAAUGAAUACUUGGACAGGGAAGAAGCAAUGAAAAGAGAAAAUAAUUUUUAGGAUUUUAAAUGAAUUUCUCUCGAGACCUUCCCAAAGAAAAUAAAUUUUAAUUUUCCAUUAAUUUAUAUAUUCCUUCUUUGCUCACUUUUGAAAAGUUUUGUUUUCUUUUUUUGGACGGCAUUUUAACAUUUGAAUUGGUAAAUAUUUUAAAUUUUAUAUUUUAUUUUGAUAGAAUA